UUUUAGCUUGGGAUCAGACAGUCAAAGCUCUAAAGAUAUAUGUCACUCUUAAAGAUGUCAACACUGUCGCUUCAGAGAAUGUUAAAUGUAACUUUGGGCCAAGAAACCUAG